AGGCGCUGCUGAUACGCGUCAUGUCCACCGCCGUGUCCCCGUGCUGCCCCAGCCAGUCUCUUUUAGCGCCUGUGGUCUAAAUGUCCUUCUCCCGGUGUUCCCUGCUGUGGGCUCGGCUCCCGGCGGGGCGCCACGCUGGCCACCGGGCAGCCGUCUGCUCUGCCCUUCGUGCCCACUGGGGGCCCUUCCCUGGAGCUCUGGGGCGCCUUCCCGCCGUUGCCUCCGCCUCCUCCUCUUCAUCUGGAGGUUCCAAAGCCCCGGAUACGUCCUUGUUUGUGCCGCUGACUGUGAAACCUCAGGGCCCCAGCGCAGAUGGCGACGUCGGGGCCGAGCUCACCCGUCCCCUGGACAAGAAUGAAGUAAAGAAGAUCUUGGACAAGUUUUAUAAGAGGAAAGAAAUUCAGAAACUGGGUGCUGAUUAUGGACUCGAUGCCCGCCUCUUCCACCAGGCCUUCGUGAGCUUCCGAAACUACAUCGUGCAGUCGCACUCGCUGGACGUGGACGUGCACAUCGUUCUGAAUGACAUCUGCUUCGGCGCAGCUCACGUGGAUGAUUUAUUUCCAUUUUUCUUGAGACACGCAAAGCAGAUAUUUCCUGUGUUGGAGUGUAAGGACGAUCUACGUAAAAUCAGUGACUUAAGAAUACCACCUAAUUGGUACCCCGAAGCCAGAGCCAUUCAGCGGAAGAUAAUAUUCCAUUCAGGCCCCACAAACAGUGGAAAGACGUAUCACGCAAUCCAGAAAUACUUGUCAGCAAAAUCUGGAGUGUACUGUGGCCCUCUGAAAUUACUGGCACAUGAGAUCUUUGAAACGAGUAAUGCCGAUGGUGUGCCCUGCGACUUGGUGACGGGCGAAGAGCGAGUGACUGUGGGUCCAGAUGGGAAGCAGGCCGCCCAUGUCGCUUGCACUGUUGAGAUGUGCAGUGUUACCACUCCUUAUGAAGUGGCUGUGAUUGAUGAAAUUCAAAUGAUUAAAGACCCCGCCAGAGGAUGGGCCUGGACCAGAGCACUUCUAGGACUCUGUGCUGAAGAGGUCCAUUUGUGUGGAGAAGCAGCUGCUAUUGACCUGGUUACUGAGCUCUUGUACAUGACUGGGGAGGAAGUGAAGGUUCGAAACUACAAGAGGCUUACCCCCAUCUGUGUGCUGGAUCAGGCACUAGAAUCUUUAGACAACCUUCGGCCUGGGGACUGCAUUGUCUGUUUCAGCAAGAAUGAUAUUUAUUCUGUGAGUCGCCAGAUUGAAAUUCGGGGAUUGGAAUCAGCUGUUAUAUAUGGCAGUCUCCCACCUGGGACCAAGCUUGCUCAAGCAAAAAAGUUUAAUGAUCCAGAGGAUCCAUGCAAAAUCCUGGUUGCUACAGAUGCCAUUGGCAUGGGACUUAAUUUGAGCAUAAGAAGAAUUAUUUUUUAUUCCCUUAUAAAGCCCAGUAUCAAUGAAAAGGGAGAAAGAGAGCUAGAACCAAUCACCACUUCUCAAGCCUUGCAGAUUGCUGGCAGAGCUGGUCGAUUCAGUUCGAAAUAUAAAGAAGGAGAGGUUACAACGAUGAAUCGAGAAGACCUCCGUUUGUUAAAGGAAAUUUUGAACAGGCCUGUGGACCCUAUAAGGGCAGCUGGUCUUCAUCCAACUGCUGAACAGAUUGAAAUGUUUGCCUACCAUCUCCCUGAUACAACACUUUCUAAUCUCAUUGAUAUUUUUGUAGACUUUUCACAAGUCGAUGGGCAUUAUUUUGUCUGCAAUAUGGAUGACUUUAAAUUUUCUGCAGAGUUGAUCCAGCAUAUCCCAUUAAGUCUCCGAGUGAGGUAUGUGUUCUGCACAGCCCCUAUCAACAAGAAGCAGCCUUUUGUCUGCUCUUCAUUGUUACAGUUUGCCAGGCAGUAUAGCAGGAAUGAGCCCUUGACUUUUGCGUGGUUACGCCGAUACAUUAAAUGGCCAUUACUUCCACCUAAGAAUAUUAAAGACCUCAUGGAUCUGGAAGCUGUGCAUGAUGUCUUGGAUCUUUACCUGUGGCUAAGCUAUCGGUUUAUAGAUAUGUUUCCAGAUGCCAGCCUUGUUCGAGACCUCCAGAAAGAGCUAGAUGGCAUUAUCCAGGAUGGUGUACACAACAUCACCAAACUGAUUAAAAUUUCAGAGACACAAAAGCUGUUGAACUUGGAGAACUUGUCAGCAGAGAGCCGUUCUCGUUUGCAAGGACCAUUAAAGAGCCAAGCAAGAAGGACACGCAUGGCCAAAACUUCAGGGAGUAGAGCUGCCGAGCCGUCCGGCCCCGGUGCAGCAGAGAAUUCCCUGGCAUCCAGACUGGUGCAGCAAGGACUCCUCACUGCAGACAUGCUGAAGCAGCUGGAGAAAGAGUGGCUGACGCACCGGACUGAGCGUGACAAAGAAAGAACAGAAUCGGGGGCUUACUCAAAAGGGUCAAGAAGAAAGAAGGGACCUGAUUCAGAUUAGUGUUACUUUAUUUUUAUUUUUCAAAUAAAACUCUAUUUUAAAAUCCUUUUUUUCCCCUAACCUGCAUUUACUGCUUUAUAGUAUUGUGGCUAUCUCUAACUGUUUUUUUGUUUGUUUGUUUUUGCGCAGAAAAAUGAACUCUUAAAGAUGAGUAAACUGGGUUUGUUUCUACAUUUUAAAAUAUGGAAUGUCUGAAGAUUUUAUUUAAAGGUUUAUAUAGUGGCCACUUGUAGUACAGCUCUAAGACAAUGCACUGUAAGGAACUGUGUGUGGUAAUAAAAAUCAGUUUGGUGAGUUGUGUGACAAAAAAUUGCUGUCUGUUGUACCCACAUACCAGAAUGCUGUUCUAGGUGCUGGAAAUAUGCAGUAAGCCAGACGUAUUAUAUGGAGCUUUUGAUAUGGAGACACAGAGAAAUAAGUCAAAUAAAUGGUGUCAGAAAUGUGAGGGUAGAGAUUGUUGUCUGUCUAGUUCACU